AUGAUUGAACUGCAGGGGGCGCCAGAGCCGCGCUCCCGCCGGCGGGGACGAGCCUCCGGAGCUGGUGGGCGUGUCCUCCGGAGACGGUGGGCGUGUCCUCCUCCCCUCCGGCAGGAUAAAAGCGGCUGCGCAUGCGCGGCCCCGGACUCCAGCAGCAUGAAUCCCUCCAGCUUCAGCAACAGCAGCGAGAGGAACGAGACCGGAGCGCUGGACUGGACCCAGUAUUGUGGGUUCCGGCUCCAUCAUCGUGUGUUUGCUGCUGCAGAGACUCAGCAGGAAACCAGAGGUGAGUUCAGCACCAACCCGUCCCUGAUGAAGGUCCGGCUGCAGCCUCUGUUCCUGCUCAGCGUCUCCGACCUCCUGCUCUCCGUCAGCUGGACCAUCGGGGCGGUGCUGUUCUCCCGCCGCUGCAGCCGGACCGGGCCCUGCUACAACCUGCACGCCCUGGAGCAGGUUCUGUACAUGGCCUCCUUCUUCUACACCCUCAACUACGUGUGGAACCUCUACAAGGCAACCAGGGAGAAGUUCUACAGCUGUUCUACAGGAUACUCGGUCCAGUUCUCCAACAGAGUUAGCACGGCGGCUAAAGUCACGGCGCUGCUGUCAUGCCUGCUGCCGGUUCUGCUCAUGACGCCCGUUUUCAUCCAAGGAAACGUUAGCCACUGCCAGGCUAAUAUGAGCCAGCCCUACAGGUGUCUGCUGAUGCUAACCGGAGCUUUGUACCGAACCACCGAGCCGCGGCAGCUGAGCAGAACCUGCAGCUUCCUGCACACCUACCACAUCCUGGUGUUCCUGGGGAGUUUCCUGCUCACGCUGGUGGGAAUCACGGUUCUGGUGCUAAAGGCCCGCUGCAUCUACCGGCGCGCGGUGGCGUCCAGCGGUUACCUCGGCAACGAGCAGCGCGCCGUGUUCCGGCUGAUGGACCGACGGAUGAUCCUGUACCCGCUGGUGUUCCUGCUGUGCUGGGGCCCAGCGGUGACCCUGGCGUUCCUCAGGGUGGCGGCGCCGGCGGCGGGACACGGCGGGCUGGGGGUCGUCCUCUACAUCUCUCAGGCCUUCACCUCGGCCUCCCAGGGAUUCCUCAACUGCCUGGUGUUCGGCUGGACCCGGGCCGGGCUGCGUCGGGCCGGCAGGACGGCCCUGCGGAGGGACGUGGACACCCAGACCCCCCUGCUGAGGAACCAGCAGGUGGGGGGGUACCGGGCCCUGAGGACCCUCACCUGA